CACAGAGCAGAGGCACACUUUUCUGCUGAUUUUCUUCCUGUCAUUCUCUCUCAAUCUUUCUCAGAGCCCUAAUUUCAGCACGGCACCUCUCCACAUCCAUUCGCGCGUCGGCGGAGCGCACUCGGGGUGGAUUUCUUCUUCUUUGCGCUACUUUUGCAUACCGGCUCUGUUUCCCGUCUGAACUUAUUUGAUAGGUGCAGAACACCAUGGCCGUACCGGCUGCUCUGAUUCCCCCAUCGUCUCUGGUCCAGCCGUGUCCGAUCUCAACUUCUUCGUCAGCAUCAUCAGCAUCAUCAUCAUCAUGUUCCGCGACCGCAGCAUCAUCAUCCUCACCCUCGGCCACUUCUGCGUCUCCUUCUCAGUCAGCGACUCAGAAUCUGUUCCGCACGGAUCUGCUCAGCACCAACACCAGCAGCAUCCCGCUGGCCGGCAAGCCCGUGUAUUCUACCCCGUCCCCAGUUGAAAACACCCCGCAGAAUAAUGAGUGUCGGAUGGUGGAGCUCAGGGGCGCCAAGGUGGCCUCUUUCACGGUGGACGGACAGGAGCUCAUCUGCCUGCCCCAGGCGUUUGACCUGUUUCUCAAACACCUGGUCGGGGGUCUGCACACCGUCUACACCAAACUCAAGCGGCUGGAGAUCACGCCGGUGGUGUGUAACGUGGAGCAGGUCCGCAUCCUGCGCGGACUGGGGGCCAUCCAGCCCGGGGUCAACCGCUGCAAACUCAUCUCCAGAAAAGACUUCGAGACCCUGUACAACGACUGCACUAAUGCCAGCUCAAGACCCGGGAGGCCUCCGAAACGGACCCAGAGUGUGACAUCGCCGGAGAACCCUCACAUCAUGCCUCACUCGGUGCCAGGCCUCAUGUCGCCGGGAAUCAUUCCCCCCACAGGCCUCACAGCCGCCGCUGCAGCAGCCGCAGCCGCCACCAACGCUGCCAUCGCAGAGGCCAUGAAGGUGAAGAAGAUCAAACUGGAGGUGAUGAGCAGCUACCAUGGAAGCAACACCCAGCACGGGGUCGACUCAGAGAACGGAGACCUUAGCUCCAGUGUCGGCUUGGAACUGCCGUUCAUGAUGAUGCCCCACCCCCUGAUCCCUGUCAGCCUGCCUCCUGCAUCCGUCACCAUGGCGAUGAGUCAGAUGAACCACCUCAGCACCAUCGCCAAUAUGGCCGCCGCAGCACAGGGACAGAGUGCCCCAUCCCGAAUGGUGACAUCAGUGAUUAAGGAACGGGUCCCCGACAGUCCCUCCCCUGCCCCCUCUUUGGAAGACGGCAGGAGGCCGGGGAGCCGUCCCUCUUCCCAGCGCAGCAGCAGCGUCUCCAGCUCUCCCGCGCACACAGAGAGCUCCUCCGACAGAAUGCCUGUGCAUCACAAUGGACUGUCGAUGAACCAGGCAUUACUGGGCCUGUCUCCCAGCAUCUUACCCGGGCCUAAAGAGGGUGAUCUGGCGACUCACGACAUCGGCCAUGAGGCUAAGAGAAUGCACCUGGAGAAAGGCGGAAGGCAGGUCUGGGGAAUUGUUGGAGAGGGUGAUAAUGACAUUAAAACCACGGUGGAAAUCACUGGGCUGCACGUCCCCUGCUGGAUCUGCCCGGAGAGGAGACGCUGUGUAGGUCUCUCCCAUAGACCGAGCAAGCCUGCGAAACAAAAAGAAACCCCCAUGUGCACGCCAACAGCAAGAGACAGCUAUGAGAGGCUCUCGUUGGCAGGUCAGACUUUACCUCCAGGAUUCCCCUCACCCUUCCUCUUCCCUGAUGGCCUGUCAUCUAUAGAGACCCUUCUGACUAACAUACAGGGUUUGCUGAAGGUAGCGAUUGAUAACGCCCGCGCUCAGGAGAAACAAGUGCAGCUGGAGAAGACGGAGCUGAAGAUGGAGCUGUUUAGAGAGCGAGAGCUCCGAGAAACCCUGGAGAAACAACUGGCUGUCGAGCAGAAGAACAGAGCGAUCAUUCAGAAGCGAUUGAAGAAGGAGAAGAAAGCGAAGAGGAAAUUGCAGGAGGCGCUGGAAUACGAGUCAAAACGACGAGAGCAAGUGGAACAAUCCCUGAAACAGACAUCACCCACAGAAAGUCUCAGAUCACUCAAUGACUCGUUGACCCAGGAGAUGGAGACUGACCGCAGCAGUGGCAGAACAGAUGCUGAGAGGACAAUACAAGCAGAUGGAAGACUUUUUCUGAAAACCACAGUGAUGUACUAACACCAUGGCAUUGAAGACUGGCAGUGUGUAUCUUAUGAAGAUUCUCCAGAGUCCCCUCGCAGUGUAAUUUAGUUACAGAAACAGGUCAAUCGCUCAUAGAGGUGCAUCAAGGGUUUAUGCUUGGCCCGAUGUGGAAGACGGAUUGUGUCCAAAUGUAGUAUUAGGACUCUUAUUCUCACUGAUAUAAAUGUUAUAUUAUGCCAGAUGUGGGAUUGGAUAUGAUAAGCUGGCGAAGGCGACAAUUUGAGCACAGUAAAUUGUACCAUUAGGUACACUUGGUGGUAAUAUUUACAACAAAUUCACAGCACUGAAGAUUUUUUAUACUGUAUUUAAACCAGCGAGAAAGCUUCGAAAAUUCAAUCUGAUUCAGAGGUUUCAUUUUGUAUAAAAAAAAGAAGAAGAAAAAAACAUAAUUCCUUAAUGUCAUAAAUAUUUGCCAAGAUGUUAAAGAUCUAGACUUGGAGAACCUCUGAAAAUGUGAAUUUGAAUAUAUGUUGAUCAGAAAAGACUAAUAUUUGCUUUUAAUGUUUUCUAAACUAGAAGAAAAAAAAAAAACAAUCAAGUUUCAUUUCUAUCAUUAUUGUAUAUACAAGAACAGAAGAUAGGUUAACUCACUCACUUUGGUAUUUGUAUAUAAUGUUAAAAGUUGGCAUUGUGUAUGCAGUAGAUCUAUUAGGAGAAUAAUAUCAACGUUUAUAUUGAAUUUAUAGAUUUGUUUUGUUUCUGAGCCAUCAUUCUUUCAAUUCGCUGCCACUAUGGUGAGGAAGCAUGCAGGCAUGUAAAUGUGUUGUCCUGAAUUCAUGUUAUUCAAUAAAUACUUAACUGUGCUGAACAAAUGUACUUAGGGUUUAUUCACUCACCCAGUAAAAGUUGAUGAACACUACUCUCUUUUCAACAGCUACAUUUUGAGUUUGCAGUAUCAUGAAUCUGAAUCUUGUAUGGAUUGAAUCUCAAGUUUAUGGAAAUGUUGUACAGAUCGCUUAAUGUUACCAUCAUUACACUCAAUUAAGUGUAUUUCUUUCAGUGAUAGGCCACUUUAAAUAAUAAUUAUUCAAUGUAUCAUUUCAAUUAUUUAUUAUAGCCUACUGGUCAAAAGUUUCGCUAUAUGCAGCAGGUUGCCAUUGGAAAGUUGCAGACAAAAUAGUAUUAGACCAUUUGUUAAUCUGAGAAAAAAAGGGAUGAUAACUAGAAAAUAAUUCUUUAUAACUCCCAAAUGUGGAUGUAGCUUGAUAAAAAAAAAACAACAAAAAAAAAACAUAGUGAAUAUUGAUUUAUAUAUAUAUCAAAUUGUUGGAUUGUAAUAACAAUACAAAUAAAUAAUAUGUUUUAAUAGAUUGUUGGCAACAAAUUCAUUUAUUAUUAUUAUUAAUAAAAUGUUCAAGAUUCUUCAAUUAUUUAACAGAAUUUCGAACAAUUGUCUGCAAAGAAGACUUUUACACCAGUUCUUUAAAUACUUAACAGAUUUUUUUCUAUUCUUUAUAUAAAUCAAGAAAUCAUGGCAAUACCAAACUGUCACAUUUAUAAUAAAGAGUGAAACAAUUCAGCCGGAUGAGUUAAAUUACACUGUGCUAAUUAAUGGUAAUACUGAAUAUAUUAAAUAAUAGAUUACAGGCUUUUAUUGUACCAAGUAGAUGAUGAUGAUGGUGAUGAGGCACUUACUGGAUAAUCAAAAAAAAAUAUGUGUUGAAAGGAUCCUUUAUUAGAUGGACGUAUCUAAUGUAACGGGGCAGCUAUUUAUACUAUAAUCAUAGACAUUAUUUUGUCACACAUUUGUCCUCAGUCUGUAGCAAUUCAAAUGUUUAUUGUGUUAAACUACAUGUUAAAGUAUCUUUUACCUCAUUAAUGAGGACUUGCCUUUAAGUUUCUUUUUAUGUGAUGUAAACACUGUAGCCAGAUUUAUGGACGUAUUGUUCCUUAUUUCUUUCUAUGGCAGUAAAGGAAACAUAUAAAUAUUGAAA